AUGCAACCAUUUCAAGGAAUCGCAAAAGACCUGUUGCUGAGCGGAGCCAAUCCUUCUAAGGCUGGAUUCGAAGGCUGGUUCCCGAUCCACUUUGCUGCUCACCACGGCCUGGAUGAGGUGGUGGUUUCGUUGUUCCACAAGGGAAUUGACCCGACUUGCGUUACCACCCGAGAAGAGACUCAUCUCCUUCUGGCGGUGAAAAGGAAUCAUGUGGCCAUCAUCAAUGCGCUCUUGGCUGAAGGCGCCGAUGUCAACUUCCUUACGACGAGACGGCCUGUACCAUUGGCGCACAUUGCAGCUUUGCACAACAAUGCGGCCGCCAUGCCAGCGCUCUUCAAAGCCGGAGUCUAUAUCGAAGGUCGGAGUCCAAAAGGACGAACCCCACUCCAAAACGCAGCAUUUUGCGGCUCGUGUGAAGCCAUGCUGGCUCUAUUGCAACUGGGAGCCAACGUCAACUCGAAGAACACCAUCAAUGGACUCUCCCCGUUGUGCAGUGCGUGUCGAGAAGGCCAUCACGACGCCGCCGACCUGCUAUUGAGAUGGGGUGCGGACGAGACCGCCGUGGACUCAGACGAAAAGACCAUCGUCUCCAUGAUGACACACCGCAUCUUUCGAGCUGCCGUUGCAAGUCGCCAACGCCUCGAGCGUGUUUCCGAGCUACUGGCACGUGCUCCGCAGGACAGGGCCUGGCGUCGCCGGGGCUUCCUUGUCCCUUGCCUUUCCCACCCGGACAGGGUGCAGCUGGCAGUGGAGAUCCCUGAAGCAGCAACUGAGGCCAUCGAGCAGACGCAGGAACGUCCGAGGCGCCAUGCUAGGACGGGGCAGGUUGAAGUCAAGGUGGAGAUGGAUGGAACAAAUGGCGGCGGGGGUGGAGCAGGCGCGAAGAGUGGGGCGCGCGAAGGGACUGAAUCUAUGCGCGAAGGCACGGAUGGUGGGUUCAAUGGUUUGUCGGCCUGGAUGAUAGCACUGACAGAGGAGCACCUGUUCCGCAAGAUCAUGGGCUUCCUGUAG